AUGAACCUUGCAAUGAGCCGGCCAGAGUUCACCGUCAACCAGGCAAGCGUGGCGGAGAGGCACAGCCACUUCUGCGGCAAGUCGCGGUUAAAGGAAAAUGGAGACCUGCAACGUUCGAACAACGAGAAUGAAGUGCAGUACAUCGAGGGCGACAUCAUCGAGGCCAACUUCGUUGUGAUCCUUCAAGACGGUGCAACUGCUCCGCCUGGGCACCCAGCUCGCGCGGACAGUGCUCGCGAGUCUGUCUUCACUGGCGCGCAUCAAGGCAUCAUUUGGGCCAAAGGCAAGAAUGUCGCCGAAAAGGACGUACCGCUAAGGAGGAUCCCAAUCCCGUCGCACUUAUAUGGCGAUACAAACACACACGGCGUUCAACACUUCCUCAAAGUCAUCUUCGUCCACCCGAUCAAGGCUUGGCCAAGCGUGAAAGGCACCGUCGUCGACCUUCGUCGCACUGUGCCCAUCAGGACGAUCGCUGCCAUGCGACGGGUCGCAUACGUGCCCGAGUCUGAGAAGUUCAAAGUCUCUCAAAUGUCGUCUGCACAACACAAGAACAAGGUGACCAAGUGGAACGCGAGUCAGGGCCAGAGAGAACCAUCCAAUACUUCGGACAUCUCACAAGCAGCCGAUGCCGUUGCUGGCGCGCAUGACUCAGAUGACAGAUCAACUUCCGUGGGCACUGAGCUGAUGGCCGCUGAUCACAUCAAGUCAGAGACUGAUCUUCGGGAUUGGCUUAAGCGCGCUCUUGAGACAGGUAUUCCGCUACCCGACAUUGACCGCGUGCUGACCAAACACAUGACCAACCCUUCGUCAACAUCCUCCAGCACCUUGUUAACCUCGCCGACAUCGUCCGCGAUGAUGACCGGCAAAGAGGACUCCGACACCUCGGACAUCGCCGCGAAGCAGUCGCCGUCGCCUUCCGUCAAGAUCGGGAGCAAGCAGCCGAAUCCUUUGCUGCACGACGGGACCAGUCUGCAAGAGUUGCUGCAAGGUGCCGUUCAGGACGCCUCGGGGAUCAAGGAUGGCAAACUGAGACUCCCCACCGUCAUCAGAGACCAGCUCAUGCACGAACAGAAGGCCGGUACUUUGGGAUCCCUCGUCACCAAGACAGGCGGCUUCGGGUUCGCGGAAUCGAACAGCAACACAGGACACAUGAUCAGUCCAGCGAUCAAGGCACCACUCGAUCACCAUAGUGGAAAUGUGCAGCAAGCGCAGCGAUUUUCGAUCGCUGCCAGCAAUGGCGGUGAGAGCAAGCAGAAGAGCAAGCAGAAACCCAAGCCAGACCAGACUCUGGGCCCACGGAAGCAAUUUGCCAAGGCAGCUAAGGAGAGACGGGUAUGA